GCUGCUGCGCUGAGCUGCUUGGGGCUGGCUCCCGGCCGCGCCAACUGACUGUGACUGAAGUAAUGCUCGCUCGCUCACUCACGCACUCACUCGUUCCGCGGCCGGGUCUCUCCUCCCCUCACCCAAACCAAACCAAACUGGCCAAGGGAAGGGGGAAGCGGAGGCCGUCUGCUUUCUCUCUGUCUGCCUGUCUGUUCCCUGCCGGUCCUGCUGCCCUCUGAAUUCCUCUGCUUCCCUCCCUCUUCCCUCCUCUCCCUCUUAUACUUCUCCCACUCCCCCAAUCUCUCUCCCUCUUUCCCUUCCUCUUUCUCCUCUCCUCUCUCACACACUUCCCCUUACUACUUCUCUCAUACUACCAUACAGCUCCUGGCUAUUCAUUGCCCUCGUACUUUCACUUCAUCUAUACCUAUAUCUAUCAAUCUACAAUUGCGCAAUUGACUGAGCGCCCCUUUCUCUCUAACCUAAUCACCUUCAAUCAUGUCUACCCGUAAGAGAAAGCAAGAGGCCGAGGAAGAGGAGGAGCUUCAAGCCCUGCCCAGUGACGAAAGUGAGGAGGAAGAGGAAUACGAGGAUUCCGAGGUCGACCAAAGCGACCUCGGCAGCGAAGAGGAAGAAGAGGAAGAACUCAAUGAAGAGGCCGAAGAGCCGGAAGAGGAAGCCCCAGCACCCAAGAAACGAAAGACCGCCCCCGCUCCUGCGGCCAACGACGAAGACGAGGAGGAGGCCGCACAGAACGGCGAGAACGGAGUCGGUGAGGAUGACAACGACGACGAGGAAGAAGAGGAAGAACUUGCCGACGAUGAUGUCGAAGAGGAAGCUGAUGAUGAUGACCUCGAUGAUGACGCUGCGGAGACAGCCAAGGAGAGUGGGCCCGCCAAGGCGGCCGCGAAGGCCAAGGGAGCUGUUGUUCCUAAGGAGCCGGAGGUUGAUGUCGAGGAUGAUGAGGAGUGAAUUUCUGUCUCUACUUCUUUCUAGGGACUGGGGGAUAAUUUGGAGGAAUCUUGAGAUUGUGCUUCGCAAGUUGGUUUAUCGGUCCCGGCCUGUGGUUAUUUUUUAUCUAAUACGACAGGAUUUUCCUGGGGUUUAUUUUGAUCUUGUGCCGGCUAUGGUUGCUGGUUUGCAUAAUAUUGACUUCGUUGGUUG